AGAAGAAGACGGAGAGGAGGGACUCGAGUACGGUGGCGUUUAGAGAUAUAACUCAAAGUUAAAGGGCAAGCUUCUGGCCAUGAGAAUUUUAAUAGGAGGGGGAUCUGGCUUCGUUGGCCGUGAGCUUACCCGCCUACUUAGGGACAAAGGUCAUGAGGUGACACUGAUAUCCCGCCAGCCUGGUCCAGGGAAGAUAACAUGGGGUGAGCUGGAGUCUCAGGGUCUCCCACCGUGUGAGGGUGCCGUCAACUUGGCUGGAGAGAAUCUCAUAAACCCACUGCGAUGGUGGAAUGAAAGCUACAAAAAAGACUUGUUCUCCAGUCGCGUUGACACAACUAAAGCUCUUUCUCAAGCCAUUGCUGCUUCCUCCAGUCCUCCUCACUCUUGGGUGCUGGUGUCAGGUGUAGCUUGUUAUAAACCCAGUCUAACAGCUCAAUACACAGAAGACAGUGAAUGGACUCCGUUUGACCUUCUCUCAAGACUUGUCAAAGAGUGGGAAGCAGCAGCACUACUUCCUGAAAAUGUGGCAAAAACCACCAAACAAGUCAUCAUCCGGCCUGGGGCAGUGCUGGGUCGUGAUGGUGGGGCCAUGAAGCAGAUGCUGCUGCCGUUCUGGCUCGGCCUCGGGGGUACCCUGGGAUCUGGAAGACAACCAUUUCCCUGGAUCCACGUUUCAGACCUGGCAGGAAUCAUUGUCCGCGCACUGGAGCCCCCUGCUGACACUCCACCCUCCUCAUCACCACAAGUGUUCAACGGAGUCGCGCCGGCUCUCAACACCAACUAUGAAUUCACUAAAGAAUUGGGUCGGGUCUUGAGGCGGCCCACCAUCCUUCCUGUACCUGGCUUUGUCAUGAACGCCCUGCUGGGUUCGGAGAGGGCCGUGAUCCUUACUCAAGGCCAGAAAGUCAUACCUAAGAGGACUUUGGAGUCUGGAUUUCAGUACAACUACCCUGACUUGACCUCAGCUUUGAAGGAGAUUGUUAAUUAACAAGAGAGUACGGCUGUUCAUUUUUACUGUAAUCAAGAAUAAACAAAUAUGAGCCUAAACGAGUCAUUGAAAAUGAAUCCCAGGAUCAUGACUCCGUAAAAGACUGUUGUAAAUUACUUAUUCAUCAGAUCUGUGUACUGAUGAACUGGUGUUUCUCAUAUUGCUAAAGAGCAGUUAUGGGAUCAUGUUUGAAAAACUGUGUUUUAAAUAAAACGUUAUGCUUUGCUUUAAAGUGUUUCUCCGCAUUUGGGACAAUAACAAGCGGCUCUAAAGCCUGGUGUGAUGGCAUCUUUGCUUACAUUUAGAAAGCACUGGGACGUGAUUGUUGAUACUGAAGUGUUUCUGUAAAAUAAAUCUGACAGAGUUGAGUCUUGAUGA